AUGUCUCGCUUUACCUUUGCAGCUGCACUUGUGCUCGCAUCUGCCGCCGUUGUCGCUGCACAAGACACCACCGCUCUCGGCCCUCUUACCACCAACAAUGCGGUGACCAAUUGCGUCCAAUUUGGUGAUUGUGAGUAAAGAUGCGCAGGGAGUGUAUCUGCUACGGGGGGAUCGGGGCUGCGAAGCAGCUGCCCUGUCAUCGAUCCGCACGUUUUGCUAAAGUCUAAAAGUGCCUGCGCCUCUUGCUCCUCCACAGGCACGGCUGGAGGACAGGGAUCAACUCUGAGUUUCGCACCGGGGAUCCAAACGCCCGCCCCAUCGACCGCUUUUGCCGCACCCACCGAUUCUGCCCAAUCCAUCGCCUCCGUCUCUCAGCUGGCCGCUUCGGGAGCCGCAGCAGCGUUCUCUUCGCGACUACCUGGUCAGAACAGCGAUGCUCGUGGAGCCACCUCAGUCUACACCGGUACCAUCGCCGUUGCUGGAUCCGCUCCCUCCUCCGUUCGCGCUUCAGGCACAAACAGCCCUGAUGGCGCCGUUUCCAACAUUCAUGUCUCUGGCUUCUGGGCUCCCGCUGCUGCUGCCGCCGCUGCGGUCGCUCUCGGCGCCGCUGUCGUGCUGUAA